AUGUAUUUAAAUACUUUUUUAUUGGUAUUGCUUACCAUUCUUUCUUACGAAUGCGUAUUUAUUGAAGCAUUGUACGAUUUGGACUGCUUGGCCAAAACUGGAAAGGGUUUCAUCGAUCAAAUUAGAAACUGUCGCGAAGAAUCCUGUGUGGAAGAAGUACGACAAGUCUUUACCGCAGAGAGAUGUUUGAUUCCAGAAUAUAAAAUGUGUUAUCAAACAGCAAGUAACUCACUUCUUGGCGGCGGUUGUACAACACAGGAAAGUGAUGUCUUCUCUACCUUGCAAGACUGUGAGUCGUCUCCAAACCCCAAUUUUAAUUACAUUAAAAGACAAUGUACACCUGUUAACGAUGACUGCCAUAAGGUGAUAUGUGGCACAAGCAGUAGUUAA